CCGUCGUCUCUUCUUCUACACUUCUCCUAUCGUUCAAGGACCGGAUCGAGGAAACAAACUGGCCAAACAAAUGCUCCCUUUCCCUCCUUCACCUGGCCAGCUGGCAUGAUCUUGCUGUUGCGCAAUACUACAAACCCAUCACCACUUGCGUCGUCCCAUCUCCUGAGCCAAUCUUCCUGCUUUCCAGCAGCGUUUUGCCUCACAUCACAGCCUAGCUAACACAUCCUCUUUAUCCUUCAGAUCCAGAUAUUUUUCUUGAGACAAACAUCUCCAAGACAACUCCCCCGAUAUUCGCAAUGGCUGACGAAGGUUCUCCUGCUACCUCCCCGCCGCCCUCGGCGUCCACUUCGCCCCCCGUCGAAGAGCCCUCAUCUGACUCCUACCAAGCUGGCGGUGCCCCUUCGGCUCCCUCCAGUGAUCUUAGGAACAUUGUUCGCCGCAAGCUGACUGGCUAUGUCGGCUUUGCGAACCUGCCUAACCAAUGGCACCGCAAGAGUGUCCGCAAGGGCUUCAACUUCAACGUGAUGGUUGUUGGUGAAUCUGGACUCGGAAAGUCGACCCUGGUCAACACUCUCUUCAACACUUCUCUUUACCCUCCCAAGGAGCGCAAGGGCCCUAGCUUGGACAUCAUCCCGAAGACGGUUACCAUUCAGUCCAUCAGCGCCGAUAUUGAGGAGGCUGGCGUCCGCCUUCGCUUGACCGUGGUCGACACCCCUGGAUUCGGCGACUUCGUCAACAACGAUGAGUCCUGGCGCCCGAUUGUCGACAACAUUGAGCAGCGUUACGACGCCUACCUUGACGCUGAGAACAAGGUCAACCGCAUGAACAUCGUGGACAACCGUAUCCACGCCUGCGUGUUCUUCAUCCAGCCCACUGGCCACUCCCUCAAGCCCCUCGACAUCGAGGUCAUGCGCCGCCUUCACACCAAGGUCAACUUGAUUCCCGUCAUCGCCAAGGCCGAUACUCUCACCGACGAGGAGAUUGCCAAUUUCAAGUCCAGAAUUCUCUCCGAUAUCAAGCACCACGGUAUCCAGAUCUUCGAGGGCCCGCGCUACGAGCUUGACGAUGAGGAGACCAUUGCUGAGAACAACGAGAUCAUGUCCAAGGUUCCCUUCGCUGUCGUUGGUGCGACUAACGAGAUCACCAACGCCGACGGCCGCAAGGUCCGUGGACGUAGCUACCCCUGGGGUGUCAUCGAGGUCGACAACGAGGAGCACUGCGACUUCGUCAAGCUUCGCCAGAUGCUCAUUCGGACGCACAUGGAGGAGCUCAAGGAGCACACCAACAACAGCCUGUACGAGAACUACCGUACCGACAAGCUCAUUGGUAUGGGCGUGUCGCAAGACCCCAGCGUUUUCAAGGAGGUCAACCCCGCCGUCAAGCAGGAGGAGGAGCGCGCCCUGCACGAGCAGAAGCUCGCCAAGAUGGAGGCCGAGAUGAAGAUGGUCUUCCAGCAAAAGGUUGCCGAGAAGGAGAGCAAGCUGAAGCAGAGCGAAGAGGAGCUCUACUCCCGCCACAGAGAGAUGAAGGAGCAACUGGAGCGCCAACGCAUGGAGCUCGAGGAGAAGAAGCAACGAGUCGAGAGCGGCCGGCCCAUCGAGAAGGAAGGCAAGCGGAAGGGUUUCUCGCUCCGUUGAGAUGCCUCCUUUGGUCUCUUGACGCCACACGUUGCUCGCAUUCUUCUUUCCACGACCCAUGUCUAAGUACCAAUGAUGCCCAUACAAUACCAGCACACCGCGCCUCUUUGUCGAUUCUCUUCAUGUUCUUUCUUAUCACCCCCUUUUUCUGGACCUCUUUUAAUCACACCCUCAUCUAAUCACUUAACGGAAUCCCAGCAUCAUCAAAAAGUCUUUACGAAGCAGUCACGCAGGGGGCUUGAUGCAGAUUAAGGAGGGAAAGACGCGAAAGGAAUGAGGAGUCAUUGCUUCUCUUUGUCAGCUUAGUUACAGUGCUUCGAAAUGAUGAUUCCCUAGACCUU